AAGGGCAAAAGAGAAUCAAUUUUGCCACUUUGUUUCUCUAUAUAAAUAAAAAUCAACGAGGCAGCGUCUCUCUCUCUUUGUCCCACCAUUUUCACCGCUUCUCCUCCAAUCACUCUCAGAUCUACAGAUUCUUCAGAUUCCUCCAUCCUCUUCUCUCUUCUCUCUUCUCUUUUAUUUAACCAUGGUUGGAGCUUUCGAAUCUGAUCAUUUCCUUGGAAUGACGAACCUCAACGACAUCUUAACCGACGAUUUCGAUCCAACCGCUGUUGUCACCGAACCAUUACCUUCUCCGGUGACGACAAAUGAAGAGAAUCUGAAGAAAACGAACGGAGUAGGAGGAGAUAGAGAGAUGGUUCUCGGUAGGAAUAUUCACACGACGUCACUCGCUGUUACAGAACCGGAGGUGAACGAUGAUUUCACCGGUGAUAAAGAAGCUUAUAUGGCUAGUGUUCUCGCUCGUUAUCGCAAAACUUUGGUUGAACGAACCAAAUACCAUUUAGUGGGGUUACAUUACUAAUUGUGGCACUGAAGGCAACCUUCAUGGCAUCUUAGUUGGGAGGGAGAUGUUUCCUGAUGGGAUCUUGUAUGCCUCGCGUGAAUCGCAUUACUCUGUGUUUAAAGCAGCGCGUAUGUAUCGAAUGGAGUGCGAGAAGGUUGAUACACUUAUCUCUGGGGAGAUUGAUUGCGAUGAUUUUAGCCAAAAGCUGUUGGCAAAUAAGGAUAAACCUGCUAUCCUUAAUGUUAACAUAGGAACAACGGUUAAAGGAGCUGUUGAUGAUCUUGACCUUGUAAUCAAAACUCUCGAAGAGUGUGGGUUCUCUCAUGACCGGUUCUAUAUUCACUGUGAUGGAGCUCUGUUUGGACUUAUGAUGCCUUUUGUCAAACGUGCACCAAAAGUCACUUUCAAUAAACCGAUAGGAAGUGUGAGUGUCUCAGGCCACAAGUUUGUUGGGUGUCCAAUGCCUUGUGGUGUUCAGAUAACAAGAAUGGAACACAUCAAAGUCCUCUCCAGUAAUGUUGAGUACCUUGCCUCAAGGGAUGCAACAAUCAUGGGAAGCAGGAACGGGCAUGCCCCUUUGUUCCUCUGGUACACCUUAAACAGAAAAGGGUACAAAGGAUUCCAGAAAGAAGUUCAGAAAUGCCUGAGAAACGCGCAUUACCUCAAAGACCGACUCCGUGAAGCUGGGAUCAGCGCCAUGCUCAAUGAGCUUAGCAGCACUGUUGUCUUUGAAAGGCCCAAAGAUGAAGAAUUUGUUAGAAGGUGGCAGCUCGCUUGCCAAGGCGAUAUAGCUCAUGUGGUGGUUAUGCCAAGUGUUACAAUCGAGAAGCUCGAUAAUUUCGUGAAAGACCUUGUCAAACACAGGUCAGUCUGGUAUGAGGACGGAACUCAGCCUCCAUGCCUUGUAUCGGAGGUAGGAACCAACAACUGCCUCUGUCCAGCGCACAAGUGAUGGCAUGAUUUCUUAUAUGUUGGCAUUGCCGUCUUGUCGUAAGCAACUAUGGUGUAAUCCUGAAUUCGGUUUCGAUCAGCGUAAAAUUUUGUCAGUUUCUCUUAUUUACAAGUUAUGGUUUCAAACAAUGUUCACGUAAGCAUCAGCCAUCAGGUGCUGCUAGUCGAAGGUUGUAAUCCGUAAUUUAUUUCUCAGGUUAAUAAAAAUGUUUGUGAUAGAACGUUUAUU